ACCAUCUUUUCUCUCCCCCCCUCUCCUUCAUGUCUAUUGCAAUAUGCCAAGCCCAGAGGACAUUUUCAGCCAAAGCAAGAUCUUGAGCGUGUAAGUUGGCAAGGCCCAGGAAAAUAUAUAUAUAUAUAUAUCGAUUUUAGAACUUUUGGGAUCGCGUCGUGUGAUUUUUAAAAUAUAUAUUAAUGGGGAGGGCGAUUGGAAAGGGGAUCGCCCGCCUCCCUCACUUUUUCCAAGUUUAAAAGAGAUUUUUUUUUUUAAUUGGGAGGAGGAUAUUGUCAAGAAGAAUGCGAAGUUUGGGGGCCGUCUGAAUCGCUGGACUGCUUUGAUUGACACCCCCUUCAAGUUGCUGGGGGGGGGGCAAUUCCCUGGCAUUUCUCCUGCGGGGACAGGGGGGGCCCUUUGGAAAAGUUGGGAAAGAAGGAAGAAAAAUCCUAUUUGCAGCGGCGACGGGAAGCCCUGGCCCGGGGUGCCUGCACCAUGGCCGCGGAGCUGAGCCCGGAGGAGGAGCUGGCUACCAAGCAAUUUCUUGAAGAGAUUAACAAGUGGACGGUCCAAUACAAUGUCUCGCCACUCUCGUGGAAUGUGGCAGUCAAGUUUCUCAUGGCUAGGAAGUUUGAUGUCCUCCGGGCGAUUGAACUCUUCCAUUCCUACAGGGAAACUAGGCUGAAAGAAGGGAUUGUGAAGCUAAAACCUCACGAGGAACCCCUCCGCUCUGAGCUGCUUAGUGGAAAAUUCACUAUUCUGAGUGUACGAGAUCCUUCUGGUGCCUCGAUCGCUCUCUUUACUGCCAAGUUACACCACCCCAACAAAAGCGUUCAACAUGUGGUACUCCAAGCUCUAUUCUAUUUGUUGGAUAGGGCAGUGGAGAGCUUUGAAACCCAGCGGAAUGGUUUGGUGUUCAUAUACGACAUGGCAGGCUCCCAUUAUACCAAUUUUGAGCUGGAUCUCAGCAAGAAAAUUCUCAACUUACUGAAGGGAGCCUUCCCGGCUCGUCUCAAAAAGGUCUUUAUCGUCGGCGCCCCGAUGUGGUUCCGAGUCCCUUACUCAAUCAUCAGCUUGCUGCUGAAGGAAAAGCUCAGAGAACGGGUUCAGAUGGUGAAGAUGUCGGAGCUGAAGCAGCACCUGCCUCAGGAAUGUCUCCCCGAGUACCUGGGCGGGUCCCUCAAGCUAGAUCCCCUCAGCUGGAAUUGCAGGUUUCUCCCCCAGCAGAACGGCCACCCAGACCCUCUGGACGAGCUGAUCUUGGUGCCGCUGGCUUCCCCUCGCGAUAACGGCUCUGUGCAUGUGCCGGGUCCCAAGGCUAUGACGGUGCAGGAACUGCUGGAGCUUGUGACCCAAAAGCAGAAACGGGGCAUCUACGACGAGUACGAGGGCAUCCGGCGCAGGAGUCCGUCCGGCACGUUCGUCUGCUCCUUAUCUCCUUGUAACCAGGAGAAGAACAGGUACGGGGAUGUGCCCUGCCUUGACCAAACCAGGGUGAAGUUGACCAAACAGUUCAGCUACCCAGAGCUGACGGACUACAUCAACGCCAGCUUCAUGGAUGGCUACAAGCAAAAAAAUGCCUACAUCGGCACUCAAGGACCGUUAGAAAACACCUAUGGUGACUUCUGGCGCAUGGUAUGGGAGCAGAAUGUUCUGGUCAUCGUCAUGACAACCAGGCUGGAAGAGGGGGGGCGAAGGAAAUGUGGCCAGUACUGGCCGCUGGAGAAGGACUUCCAGGCCUGCUAUGGAAUGCUGACCGUCACCAACCUUGGGGUGGAGAACCUCAACCAUUACAAACAAACCAUUCUGGAAAUCUACAACUGCGAGAGCCGCGAGCGGCGCCUCGUGACCCAUUUCCAGUACGUGAGCUGGCCCGACUAUGGCGUCCCAUCCUCUGCUGCUACUCUCAUUGACUUCUUGGGAGCCGUCAAACAGCAGCAGAGAGUGGCCGUGAGCGCCUUGGGACCACGGUACAAAGGUCACCCAGGGGGACCGCCUAUCGUGGUCCACUGCAGUGCUGGCAUCGGCAGGACAGGCACCUUCUGCGCUCUAGACAUCUGCCUGUCGCAGCUGCAGGAUGUGAGCACGCUGAAUGUCUAUCAGACAGUGCUGCGGAUGAGAACCCAGCGGGCUUUCAGCAUCCAAACCCCGGAGCAGUACUAUUUCUGCUACAUGGCUAUCAUCGAGCAUGCUCAGCGGGAGAACUGGCUGCCCCUUCCACCAACCAAGGUAGGCAAAGAGAAGAGCUAAUAAGGAGGGGCCGAAGACAUACUGACAAGCAGGAACUAGUCCUCCAUCAACGUCCGUCCGUCCUCCCCGCCUCUUUCUGUCCCGAUCCGGAUUCAUCAGCAUCUUCAGUUUCAUGUUGCCAGUGACCUCGAGGGAAGCCGAAUUCUUUGCUCUGGAGGCUCUCGAGAAACUUGCUGUGGACUUAGCUGGCUAGGUCGAGUCGCAGCCGGUAGCCGUGAGCUUUAGCGGCUUGGGUUUGUCAAGAUUUGCAGCCUCGACUUGAACUGUGCCUUAUUUAAAAAAACACACACACACCACCAAACUACCAAACUACACCCCUAACUUGUCUUCAGAGGCAAGCAGGCAGAAAAGUUUGAUUCCUUGCCAUGGGGGAAGGGCAUCUUUCGGGGACCAUUGGAAAGAGGGCAGACUCAGCCCCCCCCCCCCAAACGCUGGAGGAAACGUUUCCAGUUCUAUCCGAAGCCGGGAUAGAGGGAAAAUCCCAAACUUCAGUCUUUCCAACGCCAAGCCCCCGUGUCUAUUUGUCUGUCUGUAUAUAUAUAAUAUAUGCUCUUUCUGCCAGGGUGUAGCUGGCAUUUAUAUCGAUAGAUGCCGUUGCUUCUAGCUCAUCCCACGGUUCCGUAGCAUUAUACUGUCUGACUUCUGGAACCAGUAGCAACGUCUAGUGUUACUAUGGGUAUUAAUGGCUAUGCCUUCCCCUAUGUCUACCCUGUCAGCCUUUCGAUACAGCUUUAGAAUGUGUACCCUGCUAGAACCACGCACACGUCGAUGUAUGGACCAUAAUGUCUCUUGCACAAACACUUCGAACGAGGACGCCACGUCACUGGUGUGUACGGGAGGUGGAGUGGGGAAUGUUGCCCCGGUGGGCCAUCUUUCGCAAAUCCACUUGAAUUUUUUUUAAAAACUUGCCCCAGUAAUAUAGAUCAUGAAGCCUAAGCAAGACGAUCAGUAGGUGUCUCCUUUGUGCCGUUGGCGGUUACCCUUCGUGGUGACAAAAACAGCCGGGAGCGCUAGUUGGCCGGUACGAUGUAUGGCAGGGGAGGGGAGACAAAGGUUUUGCCUCAGAUCAAUGUGACUUUGAGAGGUGAAGAGAAUCCUCCCCGCUUUUUUAUUCCUGGAGCUGGGCUCUUGCAAUAGCUCUCCUCCUCCAGCCCACUUGAGCCAGGUGAUACUGGAGAGGUCACAGCCAAUGCUCGGUUCAAACCAAAUGGCACAUCCUACAUAUUCAUAAGUGAAGGAAGUGGCCUAUUUGAUGGUUGCUGUUCUUCGCUUCCCCCUCUUUGCAUUGCCUGCCAGUGACGAGACCACAAGUUCGUGGUAUUCCUAAGGGAAGCCCUCCCGUCUCUUCCUGCUUGCGGGAAACUAGAGUGGCAGUCGGGGCUGUCCUCAGUAACUUUAUACUGGAAUAAGCUCUUUUGAAUGUGUAUAUUCUUUAUUUUUUACAACCUCUUUUGGUUUUUGUAUUUAACAUUUACUUGAUCGAGUCAGAGUUGGAUAAAUGUUCCUAUUCUCUGUUG